GGCUUAAUCGUGAAGCAGGACUCUUUCAUCUCUCGCAUUCGCAUCUACUCAUUUCACUCGAGAUUUACCACCGUCAACAUGCCACGCGCAGAAGCCGGAAGUACAAAAGCGAUCAGCAACAAGAUCAAACAGAAAGGUCUGGGCAGACUGCGAUGGUACUGCCAAGCAUGUGAGAGACAGAUGCGAGAUGAGAACGGCUUCAAGUGCCACGUCCAGUCCGAAAGCCACGUCCGCCAGGUCCUGCUCAUCGGCGAAGAUCCCAAGAAAUAUAUUGAAGACUACAGCAAGCAAUUUAUUUCCAAUUUUCUCAGCCUCUUGAAGACGACGCAUGGCGAGAAGGAAGUCAAUGCGAAUCAGUUCUACCAGCAGGUUAUCGCGGACAAGACGCAUAUUCAUAUGAACGCUACGAAAUGGAAGAGUUUGUCGCAGUUUGUCGCCCAUCUCGGUCGCGAAGGUCUUUGCCGGGUCCAGGAAUCUGAGAAAGGCUUAUUCGUCGCAUACAUCGACCGGAGUCCAGAGACGAUGCGCCGACGCGAGGCGCUCAUGAAGAAGGAGCGGCAGGACAGAGGCGACGAGGAAAGAGAGCAACAGCAGAUACAGGAGCAAAUUGAGCGUGCUCGCCAGGCUGCGGCGAAGAAAGAGGAGAUCGACCCUGAGGCUAGGAAUCUGCAGCGGAGGGAGGGUGAGAAGGUGAAAUUGAAUCUCGGGUUCGGUGCGAAGCCUAAUGGUGAUGCGAAGGAGGAGUCAGCGGCAACAGCCACGGCGAACGAGGAUCAGGCGACUAGUGCGUCGGCUUCUCCAGAAACCUCCGCCGCUGCUUCCCCUGCGCCCGCGACUGCUAUGGCUGCCCCAGCGGCGGCGCCAAAAGUGUCGCUCUCUUUCGGAGGUGGUGGCAACAAACCGAAGAAUGUGUUUUCGACGGCGGUGAGGAAGAACCCUCUCGCUGGGAAGAAGGGUCCCGUGAAGGAAGCUCCAAGGAAGAUGACAGAGCAGGAGCGGAUCAUGAAGCAGGAGAUUGAAGCAAUGGAACGCAAGCGUAUGCGCGGGGCCAAUGGUUUUCCGGAUGCAAAGCGCCCAAAGAUCUCCUGAGCAGCAGGACUUGUUGCUUUCAUGGGGCCGUGUGGAUUUGAAGUGGCUUACCCCCAUCCUCCGCUAUCCCUGCCUAGACAUCAGCAUAGGACGACCCUCUUCGUCGUCACUCUUCUCCUCCAGCUUGUCGGAGUCUUUACUCGCGGGGAUAUUUGUAUCUGAGUGUUGAAUCGGG